AUGGCUGAUUUGAUCAAGGGAAGAUUCCGUAAGGAUAUAAAAUACAAGGCUAUUAUUGAUAAAGUCAUUAGUGGUGAUCGUGUGGUCACCCAUAUCUAUUUUGAUGAUGGUGAAGAAGCUGAAUUAUCAACAUUAAUUGCAGGUUUUAGAACCCCAAGAUCUUCAGAUCCUAAAAAUGGUACUGCUGCUGAACCAUUUGGUGAUGAAGCUAAGAAAUAUAUUGAAACUAGAUUAGUUAACCAAAAAGUUUUCGUUCAAUUCGUUGGUACCAGUUCAACUGAAGUUCCAAUCAUUAAAAUUUAUCAUCCAGCUGGUAAUAUUAGUGAAAAAAUUAUUGCUUCUGGUUUAGCUGAAGUUGCUGACUGGCAAUCAUCUUUAAUUGGUGCUGAAGGUAUGGUUAUCUUAAGAAAUGCUGAAAAGCAAGCUAAAGCUGGCGGUAAAGGUUUAUGGAAAUCAUUAGUUAAACCAACAACUACAACAUCUACAACCUCUAAAUCAGCAUCAACUUUCAAGAUUGGUUCCACAAUUGAAGGUACAAUUGAUCGUAUCAUUUCACCAGAUGCUUAUUCAAUCGGUCUACAAAAUGGUACACAACAAACUGUUUAUUUAUCAUCAAUUAGAUCUCCAAGAGCAACAGAUCCUUCAGCUCCUUUCUUACCACAAGCUAGAGAAUUUGUUCGUAAAUAUAUCGGUAAAAAAGUUUCCAUAUUAACUGAUGCUUUCAGAAAUGAAAACCCAUUAGUCACUAUAACUUUACCAAAUGGUAAAAAUUUAGCUGAAACUAUUGUUUUAAACGGGUACGCUACAGUUAUUAAACAUCGUCGUGGUGAUGAUGAUAGAUCAAGUGCAUGGGAUGCUUUAAUUGAAGCUGAAACUAUUGCCACAAAAGAAAAGAAAGGUAUUUAUUCUAAUAAAGUCCCAGAACCUGAAAAAAUCAUUGAAGCUUCAGAAAAUUCUCAAAGAGCCAAGAUUCAUUUAAGAACUUUACAAAAUCAAUUGAAGAUCCAAGGUAUUGUGGAAUAUGUUAUUAGUCCAAACCGUAUUCGUAUCUUAUUACCACGUGAAAACAUUCGUUUAGUCUUGGUAUUUGCAGGUUUAUUAUCAUUAUCAAAAGAAUCUCCAAUCUCUCAAAAAGUUAUUGAUUACUCAAAUAAACAUAUUUUACAACGUGAUGUAUCAAUUGAAUUAUUUGAUGUUGAUAAAGUUGGUGGAUUCAUUGGUAAUUUAUAUGUCAAAGGAAAUAACCAUCCUUAUCAAAUUGAAUUAUUGAAAUUAGGUUAUGCACAAAUUCAUGAUGGUUCUGUUUCAAAGACUAAAUUUGAAGAUCAAUUUUAUGAUGCCGAAGAAGAAGCCCAAGAUUCAAGAAAAGGUGUUUGGAUAAAUUGGGAUCCUGAAGAAGAAGAACGUAAAUUUCAAGAAGAAGAAGAAAAAAGAAGAGCAAAAUAUGAAGAAAAAAUUGCUAAAACUAAGAAAGCAAAUGCUUUUGAUGAUGAUGAAGAUGAUAUUUCUCAUUUACCUGAAGCUGUUAGAAAAUUAGUCAUUAAGAAAUGA